AUGUCUGUGAGCAACGAUUGGGUGGGCCAUACUGCUUUUGGCCGGUGUUCUUGGGUGGUAGCCUGUUGUCCUGGUGCCGGUGAUGGCUUCACAGCUCCGGGUUUCCAAACCCAGCAUAAUCCCUCCCACUGGGUUUCUCCCGAGCUUAGGCAACCACAAAACACGUCAAUUGACCAACUCUGCGUGGAAACCAAGACAACCUCAUCUCGCGCAUCUAUGAAAAAUACCAAAGUGGACCAAGGCACAUGGGAUCACCUCUCGACUGCCAUUAUCUCAUGGCAGUAUCGCCGCGUCUCCGGAGAGAAAGCUGGUGGAACUCUGAAUCAAGUUGAGGGGCUAUGGGCUGCAGACAUCAGUGAUGAUAUUCAGAUGGCCUGUAGGUAUCUUCAAGGAAGGAACGAGAAAUAUGCCACUGCGGUGCCGCGAGGCUCCUUCCCCUUAGGUCUGAGGUAG